AUGGCCACACUUGCGACGCUGAGGAUUGGCACCAAAGCCAUGGUGGAGAAGGACGGCGAGCAACGUCAGGCCGAGAUUCUGUCCAUGCAAACCAGGAAAGGCCGGCCAACAUUCUAUGUCCACUAUGUCGAAUUCAACAAGCGUCUGGACGAAUGGGUCUCGGCAGAGAGACUGGACCUUACCCAGCCAGUUGAAUGGCCAGCUCCAGAGAAGCCUGACAAGAAAGACAACAAGAAGACUCAAUCGAAGAAUCACCAAGUGUCGAAGACGGACGCGAAACAUACUAGGACUGGCCAGAAGCGACCUCGUAGCGGUACCGCCACUAGGGAAGGCUCAGCUCUGCCAGAUCUAGCAUCUCAACUGAGUCGACACCCUUCGAUAUCAGGAGCCAAGGAGAAUCUUGAUCCAGCAACGACCGUCAUCGCCACAGAAGAUCUUGAUGGAACGCCCCAACCGGAUGACGACUCCAACGUCGAUCUCGUCGACGUGCAAGAAGCCGCCAUCGCUGCCAAAGCCGGAUCCGAAAAUGUCCCCUACUCCCGCGAAGCAGAAAUCGAAAAGCUACGCACAGGCGGCAGCAUGACGCAGAACCAGACCGAAGUCAGCCGCGUCCGCAACCUCGAGAAGAUCCAGAUGGGAGAUAGUAUCAUCGAACCCUGGUACUUCUCCCCCUACCCAGCCGAAUUCAGCGACGUCGACAUGGUCUUCAUCUGCGAAUUCUGCCUCUGCUACUUCGGCAGCAACCUCCAAUUCACCCGCCACAGAAAAAAGUGUCAACUUCGCCACCCACCCGGCAACGAAAUCUACCGCGACGACAACGUCUCCUUCUUCGAAAUCGACGGCCGUCGCCAGCGGACCUGGUGCCGGAACCUCUGCCUCCUCUCAAAACUCUUCCUCGAUCACAAAACCUUAUACUACGACGUCGACCCGUUCAUGUUCUACUGCAUGACCGCCCGCUCCGAACACGGCCACCACCUCGUCGGCUACUUCUCCAAAGAAAAGGACAGCGCCGAAGGCUACAACCUCGCCUGUAUCCUGACCCUCCCGCAGUACCAACGCAAAGGCUACGGCGCCUUACUAAUCCAAUUCUCCUACGAACUCUCCAAAAUCGAAGGCAAGCUCGGCUCUCCCGAGAAACCCCUCUCCGACCUCGGCCUCCUCGGCUACCGCGCCUACUGGCAAGAAGUCGUCGUCGACCUCCUCCUCGAGCGCGAAGAAGAACACCCCGGCUCGGCGGCUACAAUUUCAGUUGAAGAUAUUGGCAGCACGUUGGCGAUGACGACUAAUGAUGUGCUCCAUACGCUUAGCACGCUUAAUCUUCUGAGGUAUAGUAAUAAGAAUCAUGUUAUUGUGUUGACGGAUGCGGUGUUGCAGGCGCAGGAGAGGAGGAAGGAGAAGGAGAGGGUUAAGGGGAAGAGGGUUAUUGAGCCGGAGAAGUUGAUUUGGAAGCCGCCGGUCUUUGCGGCGAGCGCGAGGACGUGGAAUUGGUAG